GACAUAAUCUCACUAAAAAUCGUUAGUAUCCAAGUUCUAUUCGGAGAUGUAACCUCGAAUCUAAUGUCGUCAAUUAUUUGGGUAAACAUUUUUAUCAUUGUGUAAUAAAAACAAUAUUAGUUCCAAUGUGAGAGAAGAUAUAGUGCUUUCGAUAUCAAGAAUCUAACUACAGAAAAUUAAACGUGUAAAAAUAUAGUAAUGUGAAAUAUUUCAUCUAAAUCACUUUUACAUGUUAAAUGGUGCUGAUUAGUGAUAGAAUUUUUCAAGAAUAAAAGCAGAACAGAACAGGAGAAAUAUCAAGAUAUGGAAAACGGAAAUGGGGAAGUAUCGUAUACAAAUGAGAGGUUACCACUUCAUACCACAGAAAAUAACAAUUGCCGAACGCAGUAUGGUAUACCUGAAAAUUACAACCCUGAGGAACAUCCUGCUGUUAAAUUAAGAAAUCAAUCAAAUGCCGACAGAAGCGAGACGCAAAGAAAACGAAGAUCCAAAAAUAGGCUAUCAAAUAGGAGAAGUACGGGUUUUGUAAAUCCCGAUAUAGUCGAAGAAGCUUUAAAAAUGGGACCCGAAGGACACGGAAGUACUGAUAAUAACUAAAAACUCUUGUUUAAAGUGUGUGCCAUAGUGAGACUGAGUUAAUUUAAUAUAAAAUAUUAUUAUUGUAUUAGAGUGUUUGAGUGCCAAAGAUAGCUUUGACAAGUUAAAAGCUCUUUAUAAUGAUAUAUACAUUUGUAUCAUCCUGUAACUGUAUCUGCAGAGUAGCGAGAGUGAAUCAAGUCACAUAUCAAUUGGGCCACAAUUUAUCCAUUGUGCAUCCUACCAGGGAGUUUUAGUCUCUAGCUCAUUGCAUAUCCUGUCUUUUCCACACGAAGGUGGACAAGUCGUCAGACAUCUCCCUUAUGUGGGCAGGUGUAGGCCACGGCUGGCGGAACGAGUACUCUAUUAUUGACGGUACCUACGGAUACUCACAGGACAUGCUCGUUUCGUCUUCUCCUGUACACCUAUAUAGAGGCGUGUCCACUAGCCCGUCCGCGUGUGGAGGUGUUUGCUUAGUUGGCAAUGACCAGUUGAAGAACCCACUGUCAACCGUAGGUUUUUCCCAAGUACUUCUUUGAGACAUUUGGCAAUUUCCGCGAUAGUUGUAAUUGAUCAACCAAAAUGAUCACCAUUUCAUAAGAGUCUUAACAAGAUUAUUAUUAUAGAACUAAUAUUCGAGAAAGAUAAACACAUUACUAGAAAAAAAUUUGUAAAGUAUGUUCCAGUACAGAAGAUUUCUAUUAAUUAUUUAUGAGUAUUUAUUACAUUGUGCUAGUUGUUCAAUACGUGAAUCUGGCGGGUACACCUAAUUUAUGAACGCUGAAUUCAUCAGUGCUAAUCUUUUUUGAACGAAUAAAGAAUUACCAAAGAAGUAAAAGGGGAGAUUGAGAAUUAAAAUACCCAAAAAAAUGAGAUAUGACUCGAUGCAAGAAUUGGCGUGCAGUUACUACUAAGCACUACAUCCAAAUCAAAUUGUUGACUAAAAUUAUAAUGAAAAAUUGAAGCCGGAACCAUACAAGAAACUGAGAAGUAACCAAGCAGGCCUCUGUGGAAAACACUCCACCAUUGACCACAUUUGCAUUGCUAACAUUAUUUUGGAACAAGCAAAU